UUCUGAUAUCCCCCGCUGUGCUCAACACAGGCGUCAGGGCUUUAAUACAACACGUAUCAUCGCUACACAUCUCUCUCGGUUGUUUUUCUUCCGUAAAAGUAAAAGAACCAAAGGAUGAAGAACCUAUUGAUAUUUUUCCUUUGUUGUCAUGUUGCAUCACCAGUGAAACACUCCUUGACGUUUUUCUGCACUACAACCCCUGGAGCCCAGAGCAUCCCUGAGUUUGUGUGUGUUGGACAUGUUGAUGGAGUUCCGAUUGGUGACUGCAAUCAUCUCAGAGGAGUGGAAGUUAAAAAAGACUGGAUUAACUUCUUUAAGGAUCAUCCUCAGCACAUAGAGUGGUAUGUUUCAAAUUGUCUUGAUCGUCAUCACUUCUUCAAGGCGACCAUUGAGAGUUUGAGGCAACGUUUGAACCAAACUGAAGGUGUUCAUAUUUUGCAAAGGAUGGAUGGCUGUGAAUGGGAUGAUGAGACUGGAGAGCUUAAUGGGUUCAGUCAGUAUGGUUAUGAUAGAGAAGAUUUUCUAGCAUUGGACCUGCAGACACUGACAUGGAUCGCUCCAAAACCUCAGGCUGUCAUCACCAAACUGAGAUGGGAUGCUGAAAAAAACACAUUAGAAUCAAUUAAAUACAUUUUAGGUCAUAAAUACCCAGAGUAUUUAAAGCAGUAUGUGCAGUAUGGGAGGAGCUUUUUGGAGUCAUCAGUUCUUCCCUCAGUGUCUCUCCUCCAGAAGUCUCCCUCCUCUCCAAUCAGCUGCCACGCUACAGGUUUCUACCCUCACAGAGCCAUGAUGUUCUGGAGGAAAGAUGGAGAAGAGAUCCAUGAAGGUGUGGAUCAUAGAGAGAUCCUCCCCAACAAUGAUGGGACCUUCCAGAUGAGCGUUGAUCUGAAACUCUCAUCAGUCACACCUGCAGACUGGGAGAGGUACGACUGUGUGUUUCACCUCUCUGAUGUCAGCAGUGACAUCAUCACCAAACUGGACAAAGCUGUGAUCAGGACCAACAUGGCAGAGAAGCCCACUGACAUGGUGAUCUCCAUCAGUGCUGCAGUGGUUGUUCUAGCUCUCAUCCUCAUUGCAGCUGCAGCAUUUGUGGCUCACAAGAAGAAGAAAGCUGAAUGUUCUCCAUCCUGUGCUGAUAAUGACUCUGAGCAGUCUGAGAGACUAAACACACAAAGCUGACUGUCCUGCAGCAGCUCUGCUCUCCACGCUCUGCAUCACUUUGUCUCCUGACUCUGUUUCAUUGAGUCAUCAUUGUGCAUCACAAGUCCUCUACAAAGCAACAGCAUUAAAGUUAAUGUUGGUUAUGCAUCUAACUGUGUGGUGAUAGUGUGGUAAUGAAGUGUGUUGUGUCACUGAGAGACUGGUGUUGGGGAUUUUUGUAUUAUUAAUCACCUCUUAUGUUAAUCACACACACUGGAUUAAUGGUCACUUUUUAGUUUUGAUUUGUACCUAUUAUGUCAUUCACACACUGGAACACUGCAUGCUUUAGGUGAGGGGAUGAAAUUGAGGCCUGUUAGGCUCAGGGUCUCAUAUUGUUUCCUUUAGUAAAACCACACUCGGUCAUAUUUAGAGGUUCACUUUUUUCUAAUGCACAACUUUUUGUUUAUAUGACACUGUAUCACCAUUUUAAUUAAGUUCAAGUUGCUUUGAAUCGUGUGUCCAGAAAUUGGGGUUUUAAGUCCCACCUGCAUUCAGUUAAUAUAAAUAAUGUGUGGGAGUGAAUUUUGUAUACCCAGAUAAGACUGCCCUAAUGAGUUUUUAAUAAUGAGGAGCCAAGGACAGCUGUCUGUGGGAGUAUUUCUGUGGGAGGUAUCUUCACCUGGGAAAGUCGCUCAUUUUGACAGCCCCACAGAACUGUGCCUUGGAGCCUGCACAAAGGAGCUGAACUAGUGGAGCUUGUAGUGGAUUGCCUGAUGGAGAUGCCACUCAAACCAGCCUAUGGCUAAAGAGGAGGGUGGAGUGAGCUUUGGGGAUAAAAAUGCAGCAGUUAAGUUGGGAGAGAGUGCUUCUUGCUUCCUCUCUGUCUCCUUUGCUACGGCUCUAAGGCGCUCACUCCCAGGAGGGCUUUUUUCUUUCUUGUACUCUGUUUAACUCUGUGCAUCAAUAAAU